AUGGCGGCCUCGGGGUUAUUAGUAGUACUGUUGUCGUCCAUCUUUCUUCUGACGGUCACGGCCGCCGUCGUCGAUGGAGACUACCAAGUCGACUGCGACGACAGCAAGAGCAGCGGCUGCGAUACUUACUCGGCGCUGGCCCUCAUCGGAGAUCUGAAGGAGAAAGUGCCCGGCGACCCACGGCAGGCGUACUGCAACGUGGUGACGUCGGAGUGGAGCGGGCGGCAGAUCUUCGGGUACGCCUACUGCACCACGGUUGGCCGGAGCGACGACCCACCGGCGGCGUGCUUCGACUGCCUGUCUGGCGCGGGCGACGCACUGAUCGGCGGCUGCAGGUACCGCACGGGGUCGGCCGGCGAGUGCCACGACGUAACAACAAGGAAGGUCGGCACAAAUACUGCAGUAUGCGUGGAUGGCGGGAACGACGCCGCGUCAGCAUGCCACGGAUGCUUGUCGAUCGCCGGCAAUAUAUUGAUGUGUGGUUGCCAGGGAACCGGGUCGGGUCAAGUGAUCGGCGAGCAUGAUCUUUGCUAUGUCAGGGUCGGGUUCGGCGGGUGUCCGGCCCGCUCGUUAAGCUAG